UGACAGCGUUGUUAAAGAGCCUAUGAGCGAAAGCGUGCAACUCUGCAGCCUCGUUGAUAACGCCCCUUUUAUCUUUGGCUGGCACUGGGGGAAAGUCUUUUAGAUGCUUAUUUAAAGCCUGUGUUCGGGGGACUGGAGUAACGCCCAAGCCCAGCAAGCUUUCCCGCUAUGUGUUAUGGAGGCGACGGUGAGCCAGGUGAAUGAAUUCUCCGGGUGGACGAGGCAGAAAGAAGAAGGGCUCGGCCUGCACCAGCACGGCACCGGAAGGCGACGCCCCCGAUCAGGUGUCGCUCCAUAAGCGGAAUUUGUUCUACUUUUCCUACCCACUCCUGGCGGUGUUUGCGCUCUUCCGAAUCCUCGCCCUGUACUUGGGCAUCCUGUUCGCCUGGGUUUGCGAGCGGCUCUCCAGAGCCAUGGCGGCCAGUGCAAAGCGCCCCGAGGAGUCGGACGUCGGGAGCAAGGAGUACGAGGACAGCGGCGAGCUGAUCCGCAGCCACCACAAGCAGGCCUUUGAGUACAUCUCCGUGGCACUGAGGAUCGACGAGGAUGAUAAAGGUCACAAAGAGCAGGCAGUCCAGUGGUACAAGAAAGGGAUCUCAGAACUGGAGAAAGGCAUUGCCAUAGACAUCAUGGGACAAGGGGAGAAAUGUGAGCGAGCGAAGCGUCUGCAAGCCAAGAUGAUCACCAAUCUGAUAAUGGCCAAGGAUCGACUGGAGCUUUUAGCAAAGGUACCCUCAGGCUCAGCUCAGAGGGACAUCUAUACAGAAAGCACAAACCAGUGCUACCAAAACGGCCAUCUGCGUUCAGUGAGCGGGGCGGUGCCCAAAAAGAGGGAUCCUCUGACACACUCCAGCCACUCCCUCCCCCGGGCGAAACAUGCCCAUAAGACCCCCUCCACCGGACCCCAGGGGCAGCAGCGCUCCCCAAGCUACAGCGGGAUCCCCACCUCCACCGCCAGACCCGCACCCCAAACCGGCGGCAGCAACAAGGGCUCCGCCAAACCUGGCAACCGACAGAACGGCAAGCCCACGACGCCCACGGGGACGCCGCUGAAGAAGAGGGACAUGAAGAACCUCAAGAACGUGGACAGCAAGCUGGCCAACCUCAUCCUGAACGAGAUCGUGGACAGCGGGUCGGCGGUGCGGUUCGAGGACGUGGCGGGACAGGACCUGGCCAAACAGGCCCUGCAGGAGAUCGUCAUCCUCCCUGCCCUCAGACCGGAGCUGUUUACAGGUCUUCGGGCCCCCGCCAGGGGCCUUCUCCUCUUUGGCCCCCCAGGGAACGGGAAGACCAUGUUGGCCAAGGCUGUCGCCGCGGAGUCCAACGCCACCUUCUUCAACAUCAGCGCGGCCAGCCUGACGUCCAAAUACGUCGGGGAAGGGGAGAAGCUGGUGAGGGCGCUGUUCGCCGUGGCCAGAGAACUGAAACCCUCCAUCAUAUUUAUUGACGAAAUCGACAGCCUCCUGUGCGAGAGGAGAGAGGGGGAGCACGACGCCAGCCGUCGGCUAAAAACCGAAUUCCUGAUCGAGUUUGACGGGGUCCAAUCGGGAGGGGAUGACAGGGUGCUGGUGAUGGGAGCCACCAAUCGGCCGCAGGAGCUGGACGAAGCCGUGCUCAGGCGAUUUGCAAAACGCCUGUAUGUGGCUCUACCAACAGAAGAGACUCGAUACAAGCUGCUGAGAAACCUCCUGGGGAAGCAUGGGAACCCGCUGAGCCAGAAAGACCUGGCCAAACUCGCCAGAAUGACAGAGGGAUACUCCGGAAGUGACCUGACCUCACUGGCUAAAGAUGCAGCUCUUGGGCCAAUCAGAGAGCUCAAACCAGAGCAGGUGAAGAACAUGGCGGCGAAUGAGGUGCGGAAUAUCAAGUUCUGCGACUUCGAGGAGUCGCUGAAGAAGAUCAAGCGCAGCGUCAGCCCUCAGACCCUCGAGCUGUACGCGCGCUGGAACAAAGAGUACGGGGACACCACCGCCGUGUGAGACAGCGCCCCCUGCUGGCCUGGAGGCUCACCGACUGACUGGACUGUGAGGGGAGGGGGGAAAGGACAGCAAAACAAGACGAGAAGAUUGAGAAUUCUCUUCUCUUUUUAGGGGUUGUUUUUCUUUUAUUUUCCUUCAAAGAAGAACAAAAAGCACACACGGACCAUGCAACGAUAGCUUGGAAGCAAAUUAUUUUCUUGCUGCUGAGAUCUUGCACUAAUAGCUUCCAGUGCACAGAGUGAGCUCCGCCAUUCGUGGUAGGCCCGCUGUGAGGUGAUCAGUCUCUGAUUCGCCGCCACAAACCUCUGACAUUUGUGGCAAAGGAACUACGGAUGUAGAAAAACAAAGUUUUCAUCUCCUCGCAUCUUUCCUUUCUGCAGGGUCUCUAUCUUCAGAGGUACUAGCGCUGAUUAAAUCUCACCCUUUUUGUGUACUGUUUACAGCUACUGCUUUGAAUGUAGUGCCACAUUUCCUACACAGCAGUGCAGUCAGUCCCUGUGUGUCUAAUUAUUUAGAACGGUUACUAGUCUUACUUGCAUUUUAUUGUCUGACAAAACAAACAGGAAGUUGUUGUUCUUUGUCGAAUUAGAUCGUGAAGUUCUGGUUACAAAGUGUGCCUUUGUUGACAUAGAAGGACCCGCAAUUAGAUUUGUUUUCCCCCUUUAUUGACUUGGCGAUGUAAUAAGCUCCCAUCGCCCCGCCUCUGAACUGCCCGAGUGAGGUCGCGAAUCUGAUUCUCCACCAGCGCAGAUCCGACAGUGCCAACGGAAGCGGAUUCAUUUAUAUUCGGUCGACUCGGCGGACGGAUCGUUAAGACGCGUUCAGAAAAUGAACGCUGACGUCCUCUCGAGGUGGACAGCAUGUGUGAUGACGCGUGAAGACGCAAUGUCGGUAGUGAACAAAGUUUAGAAUAGCCUUAGCAUGUAGAUUCGUGUUCUCCCAUGAAUACGCCUCAGUAAAAACGGCUUUCCCCUGCAUGGCUGUGGUCUGUAAGGACCUGUGCCUUACCCUGGAUAUGAAAAAAUGCUUUUCUUCAAUGAUGUCCUAAAUUUUUUUUUUUUUUAAUUGCCUUACCUUUCGGACGCAUGACCGUACUGUGCCAAAGGAUGCCACGGUUUAUUGCAUUUCACAUGGGUAAACCCAGUAGUAAACCGAAGCUAAUUGUGGAGCGCAAAAAGCAAAAAUCAGGGUUUUUUAAAACGGCACUUGAUGCAAGUUUGACAGAUUAUUCUUUUCUUGUGAUAUAGCUGUGUUACGUGUUGGCUGCAUAGUUCAAAAAUGGCAAGGCAAAAAAGUCUUAUUGUUUUUUGCAAUAAUGUUGAGAGUCAACUGUAUUGGCGCUUUAUUAACUGAAUAAUCUAAUAUUGAAAAGUGAUUGUUAUUAAUGCACUAAUCCUUUAGCAAUGAGUAAGUACUCGUUUGGGGAAAUGGGCAGCAUGCUGAAUUAUGUGCUGUUAGCUGUCCAACCACUAGAGGGCAGCAAAGAAGAGGCAUCACAAUGGAUCUUGUCAGACCAUUGUUGGGACCCAGUGUUAUUUGAAGGGUACGAUAGAUCUACAGAAUUGCUAGUGUUAGGUAGCACUGAUGAUAAUUCUCUGGUGCAAUUUAGACCAACUCCUCACACGUGACAAGCAGGGUUGUUAUCCCGCAGUGAAAUGGCUGUGAUUGAUUUGGUAAUGUCAAGAGAUUAUGCCAUGAUCUGGUCAAUAAACCAACCAAAUACUCUGCGAAUGCCCAAUUUUUUUCUGAAUGUGUAAAUAUUAGGAAAAUUUUGUCAUUUCACUAAAAUAUUUUUUCCUAACUUUGUGUAGCUGGUUUGUGAACAGUAAAUGACUUUCUAGAGAUCUCGGUCAACAUCCAAAAACGACAAAUGACAUUCAGGGUAUGUAGCUGAUCUGGGUAUCCAGAGUUUCUCUGUGUAUUUUCUUCCAAGAUGUACAUUCUUCCAUGUAUACCAAUGACACAUCCUGUGAAGGCUGAAAAGUGCAAGUGUAACUUACAAAAUGGUCUUUCUACUACUCUCUGGGCUAUACCUUAUCUGAGCCACACUACUGUGCAUGAUUUGCAAGAAAAAUAUCUGGUGAAUUAGUUUGACGGCAGUACUGGUUUGUUGGGCUCGUGUGCUGUUUGACAGGUAUGUUUUGUGUUUACCUUUUUCUUGCUGUUCUUUUUUUUUGUGAAUGGAGAAUUGAGUAGAAGUGUGUUGAUGAUGUACAGAGACGCCUGUUUGUGCGUGUGUCUGCGUGUGCGCGCGUGUGCGUGAAUCUAAUAAACAUAUUUAUACUGGG